UAAUUUUAAUCAGCUAUAUAAUGCUGCGAAUUCCAGGAAUGCCGCUGCUUCCGGGCACGCUUUUUCGUGACGUUUCUAAGGGCCAUUACCCCAAGCCACAGUCGCUGCUGAACAUCCAGGGUCUCAGCAUGCUUAAUGAUCGUCAGCAACCUGCACCAAUUGAUCCCAAUGGCGACGUAGUACACAUUAGCUGCCCACCGGUCGGCGCAUCUUCCAUCUAUCCACCCCGUUCCGGUCCACGCAUGCCACCUUGGUUGGCCUACGACAAGAAAGUUCUCUGCUUUAGUGCCUAUUUCAAACAAACUUUGCAGGAGGUCUACCAUGCACCUUACUUGAUUCGAAAAGUUAAGAUAUAUUUCUAUCUAGAAGACGGCACCUUAGAGAUUUAUGAGCCUCGAGUAGAUAAUUCCGGCAUAGUUCAGGGUUGCGUGGUCCAUCGUCAGCGUGUUCAAAAGACGCCGCCCUGUGACAAUGAGUUUAUGUCUCUAAAUGAUUUGAAUAUCGACAUGACUGUACAGAUUUUCGAUCGUCAAUAUCAUAUUAUAGACUGCGAUCAGUUCACUCGUGACUUCCUAAACAGACGCGGCAUCACCGUUCCGGAUUCAAUGAAAUUCCCUUGCGAUCCAUCUAAUUCCGUGGGUAAUCGUGAACAUUUAGGCGCUGUCAACCCGAUUGAAAAAAAACAUGCUUUUGCGCAAUUUUUAAAGUAUGAUCGACAAAUACUCAAAUUUCAGGCGUACUGGGAUGAUCGAACGGAGUUUGGGGACGUUCGCAAGUUAGAGAUCUGCUACUAUUUGGCCGACGAUACCAUCGAAAUCAAGGAAGCACAUAUCCGCAACUCUGGUCGCGACGGACCAACCGUAUUUCUGAAACGAGCGCGUCUGGCACGGGAGUUUAACGGACUGUUAUUGCCAGGACAAAUGACGCCGAUAACACUACUUAAUGUUUUAGGAACUAAUAUGCGCAACGUACGUUACUGUGUUGACCCUCUAAACACAGGCAACAAGGAUAUUAUGUAUUAUAGCGAACGGGAUCUGCAAAUUGGCAGUGUGAUAAAUGUCUAUGGUCGGGCUGUGAUCAUUACCGAACUGGACCCUUUUACUCAGCAAUAUUAUCGCCAACGCUAUGGUGUGCAAGAUUUCACACCACUAGCUAUUCCUACAAGAUCGGACGUCUGUACUGACUACCGCCAAAAAGAGCGUAUUCUUCCACCAUAUAAUGGCUGGGGAAGCUACGAAGACUCGGUCGGGAAUUGCUUAUCUGUGGAGCCGAAACCACCAAAGACUGACUUUAAAAAGUUUAUUAAGUUUGAUCGCUAUGUAUUGCGGUUUGGUGCCAAGAUGCUUUCCACUAUCAAGGAAAAUUGUGAACGCAUCUUUGUGAUAAGCUACUACCUGAGUGACGAUACAUUACAGAUACAAGAAGUGGCCGUACGUAACUCUGGUUUCCUCGGAGGCGAGUUUAUGAAACGCACUCGCAUAGAAUUGCCCGGACAAGAGAAAUUCUCUUAUAAGCAACCACAAUACUAUAUGCCCUGGAACUUUUUCAUCGGGUCCACCAUGUCCCUGAAAGACUUUAUAUUUCAUUUGGUAUCUGCAGACGAGUAUACCCUUAUGUUUAUGGAGCACCAUCCAGAGCAGUUUAUCCACGCAAACCUAUCCGCCAUUAUGCAGAAAAUCCGCUCUGCGCUUCAAAACCGUAUGUCUGAGUUUGCGGGAACCUGCGUGCCAGAUUGUUACAAUUUGGAAAACAAGCGCGACGUAUUUGUAUCUUUCGAAAGCUUCAAGGGAGCAUUAAUCGGAGUAUUGGGCAAAGUAAUCAGCGACCACGAAAUCAUUACGCUCUGUCGACAUUUUUCAGCAGAACAAACUUCUACAAGUGGUUGCUCUAGGGUUAAUGUAAAGGCAGCAGCACAUCUAGAGUUAAAGCGUGCAUUGUGGAACGCUCGCGACGACAUGAUGGAACAUUUCCAUCACAUCAAUCCUACCAACCAACCAUUCCUGCCUGAAUCAAAAGUUCGCUCCACACUUCGCGGCUGUCGUCUUCCCUUUUCACUGGAAUUGAUUGACAAUAUUUUAUUAAUUCUUAAUCGCAAUGAGUGUAACGAGAUUGAGAUCUGUGAUCUAAUGAACUUUAUCGAUGUGUCCUGUAGCAAAGGCUGUGACAUGCCACCUGUAAACCAUGCUUUUGAGCUGUGCCCCAAGAUUCCAUUCCAGCACAAAGGCCGAUUAGUGAACUUAUCCUGUUUUCUGAGUAAAUUAAACCUACCACUGAAUUUAUCAUCUGGAACCGAGAGUGGAAAAGCCAUGAUGGGCGAUGCCAGAAUAUUGCCUCCAUCGGCAACUGAAGAGCUCCAGCUACAUAAUGACAAAAAACAAAAUGACCAAAAUAACAUGAAUGUAAAAAUCUAGUUCGGACUAAGCCUAUUUGAUAUUUGGACAGUUUAUUUUGUUAUUUUUCAUAUAAGGCUACAGUUUUUGUGGGUACAAAUUUGUUGUAUAAUAUGCCAUGAGCUACUUUAUUUUUAAAUAUAUUUAUAUUCUUGGUAGGAAGACUUCAAAGGAACUUGUAUUAAAA